AUGCAGCUUUUCGUUCGUACGGGCACGACCCACCUCUUUGAGGUGGGUCCCAACGCCACUGUUGCCGAUGUGAAGGCUUUCGUGCAGGCCCGCGAGGGCGUUGCCCCCGAGGACGUGUACGUUGUCUUCAACGGCCGGCCCCUGGAGGAGGCGGACCUCCUGUCGGCCGCCGGCGUCGAGGAGGAGGCGACGCUCAACGUGCUGGGCCGCCUGCUGGGUGGUGCCAAGAAGCGCAAGAAGAAGACGUACACCAAGCCCAAGAAGCAGAAGCACAAGCACAAGAAGAUCAAGCUCAGGGUGCUCAAGUUCUACAAGGUGGACGACAGCGGCAAGGUGCAGCGCCUGCGCAAGCAGUGCCCGCAGUGCGGCCCCGGCACGUUCAUGGCCACCCACUUUGACCGCGUCUACUGCGGCAAGUGCACCACCACUUACCUGGUGGAGCAGGAGGCCAAGGGCGGCAAGGGCAAGGGCAAGAAGUAA